AUGAAUGUGCUUAAAAACUAUCUUGUUUCACUAGCAAAAGGUAAUCAGUCAUUAACUGCGCCAAACACGUCAACAAACACAAACGGGAAAUCCGUUUUAUCCGGUAUUAAAAAAGAUAUUGUCGAAACACUUCGAAAAGUGGUAGAGGUCAUUACAAAAUACGCUGGUGCGUCACUUCCUGUGCAAGCAAGACAGACUGUGCGAGGUUUUAUAUUAAAUCUACCUGGACGAUGGGCAACUUUAAAUGAUAUUCGAUCCACUACCACAUCGCCUGCAGGCUCACCCAUGCUAGGUCCUCGAAAGGUGUCAAUGGAUGCUAAACAAGAUGAAGCUGCCAUUCGAUUACUAUCGUUCGGACAAGAAUCAGUAGAAAUGUUACAGUCUGUCUCGACCGUGUUUUCAGAUACAGUAGAUAGAGCAGAGUUAUGGAUUGACCGCUUAAAAAUGGUGCCUGGUAUGAACAAGACAUCCAAUAACGAUCCAAUGACACUAAACGGUGAAAGUGUUCGAUUACCACCUAUUCGUACUCUAGAUAUUCCCAAUCAUCACAAUUCAUACGACCAACAACAAAAAUUAAAACUUGAUCGUUAA